AUGAACAGAAGUGGCGAUGGCAUACCAGAAGCUAGUCCAUGGACGCGAAAGCCGAAAGCAAAAAAAUUAACCCGCUCAACAAGAAGCCUUUCUUUCAAUGCAGACUACUUUGUAACUAGUGCUGUCGAGCGAAGACGAACAAAACGUCAACUUUUAAAUAAUAGAGACAAAAUGAAACAGGAUAUCAAUGAGAUGAAAGAAAGGUUGAAUGAAAUUGAGGGAUUAAUAAAUGCCCACAUCAACACGACUUUUCACAACAUUUCAUACACGCCUCUCAACUUUACAAUGUUCCAACAUGAAGAUGUCAACGUUUCGGCUAUUUGGGAAAAUUUAACUGCGAAUUACGAAAGACAAAUUGAACUCGAAAAGAGAUUAGACGAUUUAGAAAGCAGGCUUCAAGUUACGGAACUAACGACUGCGGAGAUAACAGAGGAGAUGGCACGAACUCGUAGUUAUUUAGAUCACUUGAAGGCAAACAUGAGUCGGACGGUUGAUGAAACGACAUCUAAUAAUGAUACGAUUGUCAAGAUUACGGAAGAUGGCGAAGAGAUAUUACCGCCCAGUAAGGACUUGAAAGCGUUUCAGAAUUAUUUGAAAGAUAUAGGAGAGAUAACGCGCGAUGAUUUCCAAGAGCUUGGUAACCAGAAGGAGGAUUUUAUCGCCAGUUGUACUUGGCAGGGGACUAUUUGUGACUCAAGGUGAGAGAAUGUGAGUUUUGACUGGAUAUUAACGGACAAACGCAAGGGCGUAGCCACAGAUUGAGGGGCAUGGGAUCCGGACCCCCUAUUUUUUUCAGGACCAAUCUUCCAAAACGGAGGAGAAUUGGGGGCGGGUGGAAGCGCAACCUCGUAAUGCUUUCAUCUACGUCAUAAAAUAUAUCAAAUCUGUCGCUUUCAUAUUGUCAUAAAAUGUGUCCAAAAUAUAUGAAAUAUCGUUUAACAGACCCUAAACACCCAAACGGCCGAUUGGACCCCUCCCCCCCCCCCACACACACACAGCUGGCUACACCCCUCGUCAAACGAGCAAAACUCACGUCAUUUCUCAUCCAAAUAUGAACCAUAUCAAAGACAAUUAAUGACAGGCAAACGAUAGUUGCAAUUAGUUCUAAUCACCUCUCAUCUUCAUUUUACCGCGGGGGCUUUGGACGCAUCUUGAUACAGAUUGUCUGUUCCAUAAUUUGGCCCAAUAUAAUACAAACUAAACAUUCAUUUCACCUUUCUAGUCACUUUGAAGUAUUUCAAAAUUUCAUGUAUGGAAACUGUUUCACGUUUAAUACAAGCAAAGUCGGUAGUCACGUGAGUGGAACUGGACCGUACAAUGGUAUGUCAGUUGACCAUCACCAUGUUAUAUAGCGGAAGAUAAUCUUACAAAUUCAAGUAAUAGAUUUAUUGUUGGGACCUUUUAGGUCUUAGUUUAUCGUUAUUUAUUGACCAAGAUGAAUACAUGGAUCGUAUAGCGUCAGCAGCUGGAGCUCGUGUUGUGAUUCACGGAUUUCAUUUCAAACCGCUGCCCGAUGAGGAAGGAUUCUCUGUUGCGCCUGGAUAUACCACAGCCAUAUCGCUUCAGAAGGUACGACACGAGAACGAAUCGAUACUUAAAACUACAAAAAUCUUUGUUGAAUAGCUCUAUUAGUUCUGCCGGAAUUGUCUUUCCAGUGAGGGGAAUCCUUUCUUUCUCGGCCCAGUGGUAUUGCAGAAAGACACCGAAACUAAACCAACUUUAUUUAUAUUGGAUAGCUCGGUUAUUCAUUACAUUAAAUGAGCUUAAGCAAGUAACGUUUUUGUCAACAUGGAUGUCACCCAAAAAUUGGUAUCACUAAUUUCUUCCUUUGAAAUUUACAGUGGACAACCGAAACAGUGAAAUGUGAUCCUAAUAUAGAAACAUCUGUUCGAAAUGGAGAGGAAUAUCUCUAUUCUCAAAAGGUAAUAGUGUCAUCAUCACCAUAACCUGCAUGGACCAAACUUCAGCAUCACCAUCAUCACCAUAAUCACCACCGAUCACGAUCAUCACCACCACCACUACCAUCACAAUCACCAAUAUCACCAUCAUCAAUAUUUAUCAACACAAAUCCACUGUGUUAAGACUAAGGAUAAACCUGAUUUUUCUGCCAUAGGGUUGUCUUAAGAAAUGUCUUUCGGAUGAAAUUAUUCGUCAAUGUCAUUGCGCCGGAACUCAGUUUUUGCUGGACAUGAAAACGUGUUCAGUUGACAAUCAAACAGAAGGUAUCGCAACACAAUUAUUGCUACGUUAAGUCUCCUCUAACCAAAAUCAAAAUUACCUGCGAGAACUGUCUUGUAUCUCGACUAUCUCAGGUUAGGUAAAUAUGUGGUAAUAAUCCGAAAAUGUUUUGUAAAUCUGAAAUAUAUUUGGAUAUACAAAAUAAACAAAAGUUUGCCCUUAGUAAAAUAAUUUAAGGUCAUAAAGAUCGUGACUGAAUCCUUAUCAAUCCAUUUAACUUUUCUUUUCCAGUGGAAUGUUUUGAAAGACUUGAACGUUUAGCUCGAGCGAAUAAGUUACCAUGCUACUGUCCUGUACCUUGCAGGUAGGAAGAGUUGUUUUACAAACAACAUCAACGGUAUCUUUUUAUCGAGAGAAGCAAUGCAAUAAACUAUUCAUUCCUUUUAGAACAACGGCGUACAAUCCAAUUAUUUCUUCAGCGAUAUGGCCCGCAGAAAAAUAUUUA